UUUUAAUUAUAUUCUGUCUGUCUGUCUAUAUCUCUAUUCUUAUUUAUAUUAUUCUUUCAUUUUGCAUGAUUAAAAAGAAUAACAUAUGAUGAUGAAGCUUGAACGAACGAAAAAGAAUCUUUGAGGAAAUUAUAUUUGCUCAUAUUUAUAAUUACGUGUUUCUAUGAUGCAUAGCGGCUGGAAUAAGUUGAUUAAAAGUAACGACAGUUACAGAUAUGAGCCUAGAGCCAAUAUCGAGAAACAACAUUGUACAGCCAGAUCCAGUUUCAUGCAAAUAUCCUUUGACCAUGACGAGGAAUGCUUGAUAGUAGUAGACACUAAAGGAUAUCUGCAUUGCAUUGAAUUGUCCGAUGAAGUUCCAUGUUACAAAGUAUUUGGGAAAGUCGGCCAAUCCACAUUUCUGGCAUUUAAUCCUGUAUGCAAGGAAGAAAUAUUGAUAGGACUCAAUACAGGUGAUAUAAAGAUCUGGAAGCUUUAUGCGGACGUCAAUGACUUCUGUCUAUUAUCUGGUCAUAAAUUAGCACCAUUGCAUGUUUCCUUUUAUAAGAAUUACUGUCUAACCGGAUCUCGGAACGAGGUAAUAAUAUGGGACCUGCAAUCUUAUAACAGAGCUCAUCAAUUGAAAGUUGAUGUAAAGAACGCUGUGAUCAAGAAAGCUAUCUUUUCGAACGCUGGUCACAUUGUUGUGUUGUAUCUGAAUGAUACUAUGCAAGCCUGGACAUUUGGACAAUUGCAUAAAGACAUUAAAAUUGAUACAAGCACAUUCGGAAUACGUUAUAUCAAAGAUUUUAUCUUCACGAAAGAUGCAAGAGCUAUGAUAAUGGCUGGCGCAGGAAACAUAUGCAUUCUUAAUACGUAUGAUUGGAGUUUGCUAAAGAAGAUACAUUUAUCUAAAAAUUUUAUCGAGGCGAAACAAUUAUCGAUUAUUCCAUGCCCGUUGGAUGGUGGAGCAAAUAAAAUCGUCGCAUUUCUAUCUUCGAAAUGUACUCUUCAGUUUUGUGAUAUAAAUACAUCAAGUUUUCUUGAUACACCUAUUUUCGCUGAUAGAAUUAAAAAACUUGCGGUUUCGUUCGCUGGUAGAUAUAUAGCAUACAUAGAUCAGGAAGGAUGCUUAAAUAUAAUGUAUACUGAUAAAAUAAUUUCAAGAAAAUGUCACCAAACAAAAAAAACGUUAGAGCCACGUAGAGAGCCACAUAGACUAUAUGCGCACAAAAUAAGCGAUCAUUUGGAAUGCGUUAAACAAAGUAUGAAACAAGAAUUGGAUAUAAAACGAUUAACGUCUAUUUUGAAAGAAUUUGGGGAAUUUCCAGAUAAAUAUCGCACACUAAUUUGGUCUACUAUUCUAAAACUACCAGCCAACAAAAAUGCAUAUAUUGCAUUGGCAAGUAAGGUAACACGUGGAAAACUUACAUCAAAUAUUUUAAAAGAUUAUCCCUUGGCAGACAAAAGUAAGGCGUCAUUGUUAGCCAUGAUAAUGGAUUGCUUGUUGCAAUGGUGCCCACUGCUAAUACAAAGUCCGUUUCUUCCCAACUUGGCUUUUCCAUUUCUCAUGGUAUUUCAGAAAGAUCCUUUACUUGCCUUUGAGUUGAUUUUAAGUAUAUUACUAAACUACUGCCAAAAGUGGUUUGAAUAUCAUCCAUUGCCACCAUUGAACAUUCUGGGAAUUAUUGAAAAUAUUCUUUUGGAAGCAGAUUCUGCACUACUCAAUUUCUUCUGUGAAAAUGGAAUCACAACUAGCGAAUAUGCGUGGCCGUUACUACAGACUGCCAUGAGCGAAGUGUUAUCGGGAGACGAGUGGCUGAUUCUGUGGGACCAUCUAAUAUGUUUUCAAAAACCCUCUCUCCUAUUGAUGUGUGUCGUUGCUUAUAACAUUUAUUCGAGGGAAAAUAUAAUUUCUUUAAUAAAGUCGUGUUCUGGAGAUAUCAAGGCCUUCUAUAGCUCUCAAAGUCACAUUAGAGCCAAGGAUUUGUUGAAGAUUGCGAGAAGAUUAGAUCAAGAGAUACCGGAACGAGUACAUCCUAAUCGUUAUCUGAGGGAUAAAUUGUUGCAAUUAAAUAAUGUUGGGCCUUAUCCCUUGUUUAUAAAGAAAGAAUAUCCAAAAUUUCUCACUGAGAAUCUCAGCAUCGCAGACUUGAGGAAAUUGAGAAGACAAGAACAACAUUUACAAGAGUGUAAUUGUAAGAUUGCAGAACUUGCCGAAAGAAAAAGAUUAUGUGCAGAAACCAAAGCUUUUGCGAGACAAAUUCACAAAACAAGAUUAAAUGAAGUACAAAAAUGCUUUCAAGAGCAUAUUAGUAAUUUAGAUUGGAAUUUUGACAAAUUUACACCAAAUGCAAGAAUAGGAAAAUCCUAUUUGUACAAAAAUAUUGAUAAUUUGAACUUGGAAAAGAUACAAGAAUGUAAUAAAUGCAAGAUUACAGAUGAUAGACUCUCAAAUUUAGAAGAUAGUAAACCAAAGAAUUACGAAAAAUUGCAACAAGAUGUAACAAAACUUGAAUAUGAAGUACAAAGUUUUUUAGAUUCACUGAGAUCUCAUAGAUCAGAAGUCAGGUAGAAUUAAUUUUUUUAUAAUGCAAAAAAAGUUAAUCUCUCUCUCACUAAAUUUAGGUAAAAUAAAAUAAUAUCUUAACAUAAUCAUUACAAAAUAUAAAUAAUAUUACAAUUUAAUUGUAUAUA